AAGAAAAUUCACACGAGCACAAGGCUCGCAUCACCCUGCCGCCAAAAUGACCUCGGCAGCCGGCAAGAAAGGUACUAUCACUGCGGCGUUUUUGGCUGCCGCUUUGGUGGCCGCGACGGCCCAGGACACGCUACGUUUUGUCGUUGUGGUGGAGAAAGGCAAUGACGUGGCGAAGCUCAUGAUCACCGAGACACUGAGAAAGACCACCGAUGCGGCCGUGACACACUCUCUCGUUGAACUAGACCCGGAAGAAGUCGACGUCGCCGACGUGUGCAACGCCAUUUUCGCCGAUCCGAAGCCGGACGUGCUGAUCGACGCCGUGCGCACGCCGGGCAGCACCGUGGACAAGCUGUCGACGGCGGUGCGGGACACGGCUCGUCGCAUGGGGCUGCCCACACUGAGCCUCACGUACGGCGUGCACAACGACUACACGCUCAGCGGCUGGGAUAGGCUCACGGCGCUCGAGCGUGAAUUCUUGGUCCACGUCACGCCACCGGGAGACAUCUACACGCAGGUGAUUCGCGACCUCUGCAAGAAGAUGGACCUCUCCACAGCCGGCAUCAUCUACGACAGUAGCGUCAUCAUCGACCACAAAUACGCGCGGCUGCUGGAGAACAUACCGACGCGGCAUAUCAUGCGGGAGGUGGACGGCACCAAAGAUGACUUCAAAAGAAAAGCGGAGCUCAUUCACUCCACGGACGUCUCGAACUUCUUCAUUCUUGGCCGGGGUGACACGAUGAACCAAGCUUUGGAGCUGGCUCACAGAAACAAGUGGAACAACUGGCAGUUUGCAUGGUUCCUUAUCUCAAGGGAGAAUUACACCCCCAAAUGUUCGGAGUGCAGCAACGUCACGUUCAUCGUGGCCACGCCGGAGCCGACCAACGCUGACCUGCUGGCAGCAGCCAAGAAAGACAAGGAAUUUGAAGUCCAAAAAGAACAGCUCGACGCGGCCUUCUACAUUGACGUGACGAGGAUGGUCAUCCAAGCCGCUGCCGAAGAAAGAGCGAGCAGGCGGAUGCCCCCUGACCUGGAGUACCCAACGUGCACGAACAUGAAUCUCACCAGCUCCAUGCUCAUGGAGCGCCGGAACAUCACACUCAGAACGACAAUGAUGCAGAUGGAGCACGCUGGACCUUUCGGACCCAUUGUGAUACGAGAAAAGGAGAACGGGUACCAAGAGAUCAGGAUGUCCGUCGCCAACUGGACGUACAAAGACCCUGAGGGACUUCUGGUGGAAAGUCCCGGAGAAGAUCUCAAGAAGUACGCCGCGGUCACGGUGUUUCGGGUUACCACGAUCGUCCAACCGCCGUUCAUCGUCAAGAAGAACACCAGCAACGGGGAGGACGAGUUCGAAGGCUACUGCAUUGACUUGAUCGACGAAAUCAAGAAGAUACUGAAGUUCGAGUACACGAUAUACGAGGUCCAGGACAAGAUGUUCGGCUCCAUCAACACUACCACCAAGCAAUGGAACGGGAUGAUCCGGGAGCUCGUCGAUAAGAACGCGGACAUCGCACUGGGGCCAAUUUCGGUGAUGGCCGAGCGCGAAACGGUGGUGGACUUCACUGUGCCCUACUACGACCUGGUGGGCAUCUCCAUCCUCAUGAAGAAACCCGAAGUGAAAUCGUCGCUUUUCAAGUUCCUCACCGUGCUCGAGGGAAACGUGUGGGGAUGCAUCCUCGCAGCAUACUUUUUUACAAGCUUCCUCAUGUACCUUUUCGAUCGGCUGAGCCCGUACAGCUACCGAAACAACAAGGAGAAAUACAAGGACGACGAGGAGAAGCGAGACUUUAACCUGAAAGAAUGUCUCUGGUUCUGCAUGACAUCGCUCACACCCCAGGGCGGUGGCGAGGCACCACGCAACCUUUCCGGACGCCUGGUGGCGGCCACCUGGUGGCUGUUCGGCUUCAUCAUCAUCGCCUCGUACACGGCCAACCUCGCCGCCUUCCUGACCGUGUCCCGACUCGACUCGCCCAUUGAGUCCCUCGACGACCUCUCCAAGCAGUACAAGAUUAAGUACGCGCCCCAGAAGGACACGUCGUCGAUGACGUACUUCGAGCGCAUGGCCUACAUCGAGUCCAAGUUCUACGACAUUUGGAAGAACAUGUCCUUGGACGACACCCUGAGCGACGAAGAGCGGGCGAAACUGGCAGUAUGGGACUACCCCGUGAGUGACAAAUACACCAAGAUCUGGUGGACCAUGCAGGAGGCCAGCAUGCCCACGGAAUUUGAGGAAGGUGUGCGAAGGGUCAAGGAGUCCAAGGGCUCGCAGGAAGGGUUCGCGUUCAUCGCGGACUCAACCCGAGUGAAGUACGCCACAAUGACCAACUGUGACCUCGUCUCUGUGGGCAGCGAAUUCAGCAGAAAGCCGUUGGCUCUGGCGGUUCAACAGAACUCGCCCUUGAAGGACCAGCUUUCCAGCGCAAUCCUAAAGCUGCUCAACCAGCGUCGCUUGGAAGGCCUCAAGGAAACCUGGUGGAACAAGAACCCCGCCCGUGUCACAUGUGACGACAGCGAGCGCCAAAGCGACGGCAUCAGCAUCCGGAACAUUGGUGGCGUUUUCAUCGUCAUCUUCAUCGGCGUUGUCAUGGCUUGCAUCACCCUGGCCAUUGAGUACUGCUACUACAAGAACCGCAAACCUAACAGCAAAGUGGUCGCCGUCAAGGAAUAUUCUGGCAAAGACUCUAUCAAAGACUCUAUCAAGCACUAGUAGCCUUCAAGCGGGCACUCACUCCUGAAAUAGCUCGCUCGCUACGUUAUACUAACGGACAAUAUUUCCUUGCUUGCUAGAAAUAGCAGUGCACGGGAAAGUUACGAGUGAAGAAAUAUUGGUGCAAACGCAUUUUAAGAAUAGGUGCGUAUGUACUAAAUUAUCCAGAGAAAUAUACCGGAGUUGCGUUGACUAAAAACAACCCUUUUCAAGUGCUUUAACUUAUAGCUACAUUGAGAACCACUGCUCUGGACGGCACUUCUGUCUCAUUUUCACAUUAAGAUUUCUUUCAGCAAUCAUCGCAAUAAAGGUCACAGAGCUGUGACUUUGCAAGCCGCUAGCGUAAAGUGGCCAGAAGUUCCCAAAGAAAGCGGGACAGGGCCCGUUUUUACGGGCAUGGUCCUGUUGCCCGCCUUCGUGCUAGCGGCCAGUGUCCAACUGGGUUGCCGCUUGGCAUCAGUGAGGCAGUUCUAAGCGGCAGUGGCCCGUAACGGUGACCAGAACGUUCGUAGUGACGCCGAAUGCUGCAGUGAAACAGAAGAUGGUGUCCUGCAAAAUCCUGAACAAGAACAUAGGUCCCAGCUGGCGUAGAAUAAAUGCUGUUCUGUUAGCCAGUCAUGCCAUCAGAAACCGCAUCAAGGCAGAGAGAGUAAGGACACUAUACCCUAGUGCCAAGUCGCAAAUAUAUCUGCGAUUUGAGCGUACCGUUAAUAAUGUUUCUUGAGUCGCAAAUCUGCCUUGGCAACGUUCGGUAUAAAACCCAAACUAAAACACGAAAACCAAAACAAACACAAUGUCUACAUCGCGCCUGUAAUCCUGAUUUCUAGUUCCUCCUAGCACCGCCUCUGUCUCUACAGAUCCGUCUCCCGCCCCUCUUUAACCCGCUUUGAACUCUAGACAACCUGGUCACUUUACGCUAACAAGAACCAAUCCUGGAAGAUAAUGCAUGUACACAAGAUAAAUCAGAAGAGCGCGAAAAUUUUAAUUGAGUCCACUAGUACAGUUCUUGUUUCAGACAACUUAAACCAGGCUCAGGAUGUAAAAGAAAGCGCGUCAUCAACUGCGUGUGAUAAUUGCACAUAAACACAUUUGUACAAGGUUUAUGAGCACGAAUGCACGACUGAAUCAAUUAAAGCUGCCAUUCUUGGGCAUACCACUUCCGAUUAACUUUACACAGACAUUAAGGAAGCAACAUUUCCCUUCACUCAUAUAAGACAAUGGAAAAGAAACACCAAUUGAACAAAUUUCCUAUUAUUGCAAGCACACUACUUUAAGUAUAACAAUUUUUCGCAACAGCUUGGUUUUAAAGUCUGCUGGCACAGAACCUAAUGGGCGAUGGCACGACUGCAAGUAUGCUAUUUUAUUAUUUAACUUAUUGCUGUGCUCACAUUUGAAUGUAU